GGCAGUGUCCCGCGAGCUCGGGCAACGCACCCGCUCGUGUAACCGUUAUCGCCAUGGAGCGUUGCGUUGCGCGCAGCCGCAGCCUACGCAAUGCCGCCUUUGAAGGGCGUCCUGGAUUUCUAUAAUAUGCUCCCUGGAUUGCCGGGCUCGCUGAAGAUCUUUUUAUGAAUCGUGUAUAUUCUUUCCACUUCGGAUUUGCGCACUCCGACUUCUACUAUGGCUGUCGGCGACGACGGCUUUAUCCACUUCGGCCCUGAGGCCAAUUGCACUUUGGAGCUAUGCCAAGUCGAAGACAGUGUAUAUGGCUAUCGACCCUCCAUCCCAGCCAACGUACUCUUCAUCAUCUUCUAUUCCCUAGCUGCCAUCGUGCAUGUCUAUCUCGGCAUAAGAUGGAGAACGCGGUGGUUCAUGUGGUGUGUUCUCGUUACAUGCUUGCACGAAGUCGUCGGAUACGUUGGGAGGAUCAUGCUGUAUAAUGAUCCAUGGGACUUCACCGCCUUCAUGAUUAAUAUCAUCGCCAUCACCCAAGCUCCGGUAUUCUAUUGCGCGGCGAUUUAUGUCACGCUUGCUCAAUCGAUCAACCACUUCUCCCCAGACUUAGCACGUUUCCCUCCGAGACUGCUCUACUGGACCUUCAUUCCAUGCGACAUCACUUCCCUAGUUCUCCAGGGCACUGGCGGCGGCAUGACGGCGGACUCUUCGGCCGAGAAUGAAGCUGGCCUCAGAAUCACCCGCGCCGGUCUCAUCCUUCAAAUCGUCACGCUCUUCAUCUUCCUCGCGCUCUUCGGCGACUUCUUGUGGCGAUACAAGCAACGCGGAGGCAUGAAGAAGGCUGUUAGACGAGAAAAGCUGUUCUUUGGCUUUGUGAUGCUGGCGUCUGUAUUGACCUUCGCUCGGUGUAUCUAUCGCGUGGCUGAGCUGAAGGACGGAUACCGGGGUGAACUGUUCAGGGAUGAACCGCUUUUUAUUGUGCUAGAAGGAGUACUGGUGGUGCUUUCGGUGUUCGCCCUUUGCAUUGGCCAUCCGGGGCUGGUCUUUAGGAGUCACGAGCGGAGCCGCAUGGACGGUAUGACUGUCCAAUCCAGCGGCGAAAGCCAAACAUCGCGCCCCGAUCCCGUUGAACCCAAGUCCGAGGUCUAGAUGCAGCAGUAGCAGGUUGGGAAGCGUCGUAUCGGCGGUAUAGAGGUUAACGCUCAAGAAAGACACGAAGGUCUUUGGUACAGUACAUCGAGAAGUUAUUGCACGUGAACU